AUGUUUGGGAUGUUGGCUAUGAUACGCACCAUGGCGCAAUUAUACAACGAAGCUACGUUCAACACGUUCAACACAUUUACAAAAACAAAGAUCCAUUUCCUUCAUGCACAAGGCCUGUGGUUCAUUGUGACAAGGACAAGUGGCACCCUAUCCCCGACACCAACACCCGGCAUCUACAUCAUGACCAAAGAGCAGCGAGUCAAGGUGCCUGUCAGCUUCUCCGAAAAAGACAUCACACUCCACCCAUUUAUGAUAAAGCAUUGCUGCUGGACAUUACAUAGAUGGCUUGUGAAGAAACUUUAUCAGUGCUCAAGGAUCUUAAACGAGAACACGAGGUCGAUUUACGGUCAUCCAAGGACAAGAAGCGGCAACAUCAUCAAUCCCAUCAUUAUUCGCUUGAAUGAAGGAGAACAUGCGAGCAUUGUAUCCGACUAUGGUUCCAUGAGCUUGCCCAACAGUCCACUCCAUGAUUGA